AUGGCCAGUGCAAUUUUUCACCACACUCCAAGCACAGCAGGGACAGCCAAAUACUCCAGCAACAGCUACAGAAAUAUUUGGGAUGGCAGUAUAGUCGUGGAGAGAGUUUUCAAAAGUGGCAAUCGAGAAGUUGUUGCAAUGGAAAGCAGCGUUCCAUCCCGUAUGCUGGAAUGUGUGCUACAAGAACUGAAAGGUUUACAAGAGUUUUUGGAUAGAAAUUCACAGUUUGCUACAGUAGGAGCACUUGGAAACCCAAGUUUCAGCACACCAGCCAAUCUACAACAGAGGCUCCUGGGUUUUAUGCGGCCUGAUGGUGGAAGUUCUCAGCAAGUCCAGCAAGAGCUCCAAAGGAAAUAUCAUGCUGAGGCACAGCUAACUGAGAAGACCUCGCUUCAAGGAAUCCAGCAGCUCGUUCGCAAAACCUGCCAGGCACUGGCUUUAUGGAAGUUGCUAUGUGAGCACCAAUUCAGUGUUGCUGUAGGUGAGCUUCAGAAGGAACUUCAAGAACAGCUAAAGAUAACUGCUUUUAAAGACUUGGUUAUUAGAGAUAGAGAGCUGACUGGAGCACUCAUUGCAUCUCUUAUAAACUGUUACAUAAGAGAUAAUGCAGCUGUGGAUGGAAUAAUUGCCCAUUUGCAAGAUAUCUGUCCUCUUCUUUAUAGCACUGAUGAUGCUGUGUGUUCAAAGGCAAAUGAACUUCUUCAGCGUUCUCGACAAGCUCAAAGCAAAAUGGAAAAAGAGAAGAUGCUGAGGGAGUCACUGAAAGAGUACCAGAAGAUCAGUAAUCAAGUAGACCUUACUAAUGUUUGUGCACAGUACAGGCAGGUGCGUUUCUAUGAGGGAGUAGUAGAGCUCUCUCUUACAGCUGCUGAAAAGAAAGAUCCCCAAGGUCUUGGCCUUCAUUUCUAUAAAAAUGGAGAACCAGAAGAAGAUGUUGUUGGACUCCAGGCUUUUCAAGAAAGAUUGAACAGCUACAAGUGUAUCACUGACACCCUUCAAGAGUUAGUGAAUCAAAGUAAAGCUGCUCCUCAGUCUCCCAGUGUACCCAAAAAACCAGGUCCUCCAGUGCUGUCAUCUGACCCCAACAUGUUAAGCAAUGAAGAAGCUGGACACCAUUUUGAACAAAUGCUAAAGCUGGCUCAGCGUUCAACAGAUGAACUCUUCAGUAUUGCACUUUACAAUUGGUUGAUACAAGCUGACUUGGCAGACAAGCUGUUACAGGUUACUGCCCCCUUUUUGGAACCCUACCUGGAGCGGAUGACCAAGAUUGACCAAAACAAAGUCCGCUAUAUGGAUUUACUCUGGAGAUACUUUGAAAAGAACAGAAAUUUUAGUAAUGCUGCCAGAGUCUUGGCUAAGUUGGCUGACCUCCAUAGCACAGAAAUUUCUCUUCAGCAGCGUCUUGAAUACAUUUCGCGUGCCAUUUUGAGUGCCAAAAGUUCCACUGCCAUAUCCUCUUUAGCUGCAGAUGGUGAAUUCCUACAUGAACUAGAAGAGAAAAUGGAAGUUGCAAGGAUCCAGCUUCAAAUACAAGAAACAUUACAGCGGCAGUAUUCCCAUCAUUCUUCAGUACAAGAUGCAAUCUCUCAGCUUGAUGCUGAGCUGAUGGAUAUAACUAAGCUGUAUGGAGAAUUUGCUGACCCUUUUAAGCUCUCAGAGUGUAAGCUUGCAAUUAUACAUUGUGCAGGUCAUUCUGAUCCUAUCUUGGUGCAAACUCUCUGGCAAGAAGUCAUUGAAAAAGAGUUGAGUGACAGUGUAUCUCUGAGCCCCACUGACAGAAUGCAAGCCCUUUGUCUGAAGCUGGCAUUGCUUGGAAAGAUCUAUGCUGGCACACCUCGCUACUUUCCUUUAGAUUUUCUAGUGCAGUUUCUAGAGCAACAAGUCUGCAGUUUGAACUGGGAUGUAGGUUUUGUAACAUACACAAUGCAAGAAAUUGGAGUGCCAUUGCCAAAGCUGCUUGAAGUAUAUGACCAGCUGUUCAAAGCACGGGAUCCAUAUUGGAGUAGAAUGAAAAAGCCUUUGCACCUCUUGGAGUGUAUUCAUGUAUUACUAUCAGGAUAUGUACAGGAUCCAAGCAGAGUACCUAUGAGGCGACGAUUCACAAAUGCUUGCUUGGAUGCUGUUAGUUGCUACCUGGUUGAACUUCAGUCUAUGAGCCCCACACUAAUGGUGCAGACUACUAUUGGGAAUUUUAAAUCUCUACAGGCCAAGUUAGAACGGCUUCACUAAUUUACCAGUACAAGAACAGAAUCAUUAGUGCAAACUGAAAUAAAGGCACUGAAUUAUGAACAAACAAAUGCUCAAAUGUGUUGCCUGUAUUCAUGCUAUUCUAAAAGUAUCUACAAAUUGUAGAAUGUAAAUGUGACAAAUGGAGUUUCUUUUACUACAACUAGGUUUUUUAACGAUAGAAAGCUUUUUUAAUACUGUUGAAAUAAAAUACAUUGUGUGAUCAUUGCCUUGGGGAUAAAGAAUAUUUCAAAAAUAUUUUCUUUUUCUUUGUUUUAAAUAAUGGGGAAAACCAAAUUAUUUCCCCUGUACCGUCUUAAUAUGAUGUAUCUGUUAAAAUCAAAUAAAGAUGUCAAAAAGU